AUGCUCCUCGUCUGCGAUUGCAAUCUCUGGCUGGAGAAAGAUAGAGACUUCGUCGUGAUGGGACAGAUGACUUUGUUUGGUAGGAUCUCUGAUCCCCUUCUUGGGAAAGAAGGGGAUCAGACUCUUCAGCGGCAAAGAAUGCGAUCAAAGGACCCUAUGAAUACUACUAGCCGUAGCUGUGGUUGUGGCAAAGAAGAAAUGCUAAGGAAGUGGCUGGUGUAUAUCCAACUCAUUCUUCUCCGCUCCGCUCUAAGCCGAAAAAGGGCAGGGCUACCUUCGCUACUCCUUCUGCUUGUCAUUCUAGUGCUGGUCUCAGACCUUAUUCUCGCGCAAAGCCGGACCUUAUACAUAAUCGAAUGUGAAUCAAUUCAAGUAGAUGCCAGUUCCAUUGCUUUGCCCCUUUCUAUUCUGUUACGCUCAUCUACCUCAGGUCGAGCUGCUGGAAAAAAAGAAAGGCUUUUUGAUUCCAACCAAAUAACUAAGAAUAUCUUAGAAAAUGAAGUGGCUGAUGCAUCUUUGCCAUUCAGAAGGGUAGCUCAUGAUUCUCUUCCAUUCAAUACGUCGAGCCGGCGAACUUCUGGGAUAUCGUUGGCAAAGGGGAAGUUAUUUUCACCCGAACUGACUGAAUUCAAGACUUCAUCUAGGUCGAUUGAGAAAGUUCAGCAGGUUAGAAAGAAUCCGUUCCAUGGCGGUUUUCUUCAACUAGUGCCCCUUCUCUUGCGCGCCGUGCUCCGCUUGAAGAAGCUUAACAAGGGCUUGACGGGGGCUUGCCGAAAGAAUGGCUGCUGUGGGAACUCCGGCCAAGUAGCCUUUUCGCCUCUCUCCCGGUCGGUGGUUGAGCGACUUGAAGCUUCUUCUGCUGAAACUGCUAAUGUGGCUGACCUAGAUAUCGAUAGGACUAGUCUAAGGGUCCGGCCCGAAGCCGAUGUUUCUUUUGUGCCAGCCUUCCUUCCCGCCAAAGCAAAAGAAAAGGCAGUUGAGGAAUUUGACUGUAUUCAAAAAGCUCAGAUUCAUAAUCUCAGUUCCGAGACUGGGCAUCCUCACUCCAUUGGAGGAAUGCCCGAAUCAGCACAGUCGGAAGUAGCAGCGCGACCAGAAGCAGCGGAAGUCAGUUUUUAUCUUCUGUUAAGCUAUCAACCGAGGAGAAAAAACUGGAAUUUCCCUCAACUCCUCACCAACGGGCUACAGGGGGAGAAUAAGUUGACGAGGGAAAGUCCCACGGGAAGGAAGUCAGCAAGAGCAGCUUCAAGGUCUUCGGCAACGAGUUCAACUGCUGACCCAAGUGGAGAUCAAAGAGCUGCAUCUCAAUCUACGCAAUUUUCCGAUCUGGAUUUGAAGGAGGGUGGGCUUGAAGUAAAAGAAGCCCCUACGAUGACUCAUCGAAUUUCCUAG